AUGAACCCCAAUACCACACCCCCCAGAUUAGUAACAGUGGCAGCCUGCCAGCUGGGCCCCAUCCACCUCGCCGACACCCGCGAAGAUGUCUUGAAACGCAUGAUCUCACUACUAGAUCACGCCGCAAAGCAACAAGUCAAACUGGCCGUCUUUCCAGAGCUCGCCUUCACCACUUUCUUCCCCCGAUACCUGCUUCAAGGCAAAGAUCUAGACCAGUACUUUGAAAUCGAAGAUCCCAGCAAAGGAAGCAUUGAGCAAUCACCCAACACCAAGCCUCUUUUCGAGCAUGCACGCAGUCUCGGAAUCGAUAUCUAUGUCGGCUACGCCGAGCGCAGCAUCCAACCAUCCGGCUCCCACAUAGAUUACAACUCCAGUGUCUACUACUCCGCAGAAGCAAACAAGAUCGUUGGCAAAUACCGCAAAGUGCACUUACCCGGCUCCGUCGAGCCAAAGACCGAGCCAGGCGCCUUCCAACAACUAGAGAAGCGCUACUUCAAACCAGGCGAUCUCGGAUUCCCCGCGUUCAGGGCCCCGGGACUUGUCGACGGGGCGUUGAAAAAGGGAGAACCUGGCGUAGAAAGUUCUGCGAUGACGGGCAAGGGAGAUCCGAUUAUCGGGAUGCUGAUAUGCAAUGAUCGGCGAUGGGCCGAGGCGUGGCGCGUGUAUGGCUUGCAGGGAAUGGAGAUUAUGUGUUGUGGGUAUAACACCACUGCUUUCCAGACUACUAGUAGUGGUCAUGCGGUGGAUAUGAGCGCCGAAGCGGCGGAGGAGCUGGUUAUGUUGCAUCAUAAGCUUUCCUGUCAAGGAAAUAGCUAUAUGAAUGCUUGUUUUAGUAUUAAUGUUGCGAAGACGGGGGCAGAGGAUGGGAACCCGUUGGUUGGGGGGACAAUUAUUGUACAUCCGCUUGGCCAUAUUAUUAAAGAGGCUGCGACGAAGGAGGAUGAGUUGGUGGUGGCUACGAUCAAUUUGGCGGAUUGCGAUCGACCGAAAGAUACGGUCUUUGCUUUUGAGAAGCAUCGGAGGACGGAGCAUUAUCAUGCUAUUGUUGAACAGAAAGGGGUUAUUGAGCCGGACCUGCUGUGA